AUGACUACCGGCCUUUUCCGCUACUUGGACCCUGCGACAAUCCGCAGCGACGGAUCUCAAGUGUGGUCCAAAGUCGAUACUGACGUGACCUCAUUCCAACGUACCGAACGGCGGCGAUCAGUUGCCGACAUCCGUACCUCUGACCUGGAAUUCGGCACCGACAUAUCUGGCUUCGCAGUUUACAACUCCCCAGCCGAGGAAAAACUGUUCACAGACGAUGCCAAGGUCAGGGAAGGCUACUACGCAGAGGUCGAGGCGCUCCUGCGGGCCAAGCUUCCCGGAGUAAAGAGAGUCGUCAUCUUCGAUCAUACCAUCAGGAGGCGGGAGAAGUCAUCACCUCGACAGCCUGUUCAGCAGGUGCACGUGGACCAGACGCCCUGGGCAGCCGAGGUGCGCGUGAGGCGGCAUCUGCCCGCCGAAGAUGCCGAGGAGCUGCUCAAAGGACGAUAUCAGAUCAUUAAUGUCUGGCGCCCGAUUGAGAACCCCGCAUCAGACUUCCCGCUUGCUGUAAUAGACUGGCGUACCACGUCGCCCGAAGAUUUGGUCAAGGUUGGACUUCUUUAUCCCAAGCGAGAAGAUCCUACCGACAAUGAUGAUAGAGGAAAGGAGGUUCUGCCAGACCCAACAAAGGCCCAGUCGACAGAGGGCUAUGAAGUACGAGGCGAGACCUGGGCCAUAAAGCCAAGCGAAAAGCACAAGUUCUACUACAUGAAGGAUAUGACGCCCGACGAGGCCAUGUUUAUCAAAUGUUUCGACUCGAGAAGCCAGGGCCAGCCUGGGGGCAAGGAGGGACUCGCUGCUUUAACGCCGCACACAGCAUUCGAGGAUCCAGCCACCCCUAAAGAUGCCAAGGGUCGUCAGAGCAUCGAAGUUAGAUGCCUGGUUUUUUAUGAAUGA